AAAUACAACCAGUACAUACGGCCGGUGGAAAAUGUGUCUGACCCUGUCAUUGUGCAGUUCGAGGUGUCCAUGUCACAGCUGGUCAAAGUGGAUGAAGUCAAUCAGAUCAUGGAGACCAAUCUGUGGCUGAGGCAUAUCUGGAAUGACUACAAACUAAGAUGGAAUCCAAAAGAUUAUGCAGGUGUGGAGUUUAUACGAGUCCCGUCUAACAGGAUUUGGAAGCCAGACAUUGUGCUUUACAACAAUGCAGUGGGAGAUUUCCAGGUGGACGACAAAACAAAGGCCCUGCUUCGUUACAACGGUGAUGUCACCUGGAUCCCCCCAGCCAUAUUCAAGAGCUCCUGCAAGAUCGAUGUCACUUACUUCCCCUUUGACUACCAAAACUGCACCAUGAAGUUUGGCUCCUGGACAUACGACAAGGCUAAGAUCGAUCUGGUGCUCAUUGGCUCCACAAUCAACCUUAAAGACUUCUGGGAGAGCGGCGAGUGGAUGAUCAUUGAUGCGCCAGGCUACAAACAUGACAUUAAAUACAACUGCUGCGAGGAGAUCUAUACGGACAUCACUUAUUCUUUAUACAUCCGCCGUCUGCCGCUUUUUUACACUAUUAACAUGAUCAUCCCCUGCCUCCUCAUCUCCUUCCUCACUGUGCUGGUCUUCUAUCUCCCAUCUGACUGUGGUGAGAAAGUCACUCUGUGUAUUUCUGUCCUGCUGUCUUUAACUGUCUUCCUUCUCGUCAUAACCGAAACAAUCCCCUCCACCUCGCUCGUCAUCCCUCUGAUUGGCGAAUACCUCCUCUUCACCAUGAUCUUUGUCACCCUCUCUAUCGUCAUCACUGUUUUUGUGUUGAACGUGCACUACCGCACGCCAAAGACCCACACAAUGCCCUGCUGGGUGAGGACUGUCUUCCUUGGACUCCUGCCUAAAGUGAUGUUCAUGACCCGGCCAGAGAGGGACCCCGAGAAGGUGUCAGUGGCCGGCAGUGUUCAUAUGAUGCACUCAAGGCCCUGCGCCAUUCAUUCCUCAAGUACCUUACAGAAGCAGCACAAACCUCAGGCCCUGGCCUCCAGCGUGGUCUCCACCCUGACGAAUCGCCACCGGCUUUUCAACAACACAGAGCUCUCCAACCUCAAUAACUUAAGUGGAGACUCGGGCAAAAGUGCAGGCUCUGCGUUCCUGUGCCGUGAGGGACACUGCAACUGCUGCUGGCACCAGAGAUCCAGCAAACUGCCUGCAGACUCAGGAGGAGGGAGCGGAGGUCUGGGCAGCCUGGGGGCACUGACUGGAGGAGGCAGUGCUGUCGGAGGGGAGAGUCAGUGUUCCAGUUCAGAAUCUCUAGAUGCAGGAUUAAUGACGCUGUUGCCACUUUCUCCUGAGGUCAGAGAGGCCAUUGAAAGCGUCAAAUACAUCGCAGAGAACAUGAGGCUGCAGAAUGAAGCGAAGGAGGUUCAGGAUGACUGGAAGUAUGUGGCCAUGGUUAUCGACAGGAUCUUCCUCUGGGUUUUUGUGCUUGUGUGCAUCUUGGGAACAGCUGGCCUCUUCCUGCAGCCUCUCCUACUUGGAGAAGACGUUUGAAUCAAUGAGACAAAACAAAUACUCCAGACUGUUGAACGAGAUGGCACUCAUUCCAUGUAAGACUCUCAACCUGGCUCAGAGAGAGAAAACAGAGCAGGUCCAAAGGAAGGAAGAAAAAGUGACAGU